AUGAAAGAAGUAAAAUUAUUUAUUGAUAAUGUUUGUAAUGUAGAAUUUAUUCAAAACUUAAAUGAUUUAUAUUCAGAGUCUGGAUUUACAACAUUACCAUUUGAUAGUAGUUUUUUUAUUGGUUUAUUGGAUUUAGGAGGAAAAGAAUUAUUAAAGAAGUUAAUAUUAAAUUGUUUUUAUCAUUUUAACUCAAUAUUCUCUUCUUUUCAUAAUGAAAUUAUUCAGUCACUUCCUUUAAUUAUUUCUAAAGGUUAUUUUGAUUUUCUUAUUGAUAUUACUAUUAUGCAACCAGAAAAAAUGGUUGAUUCUGCUAUUAAUCAAAUAAUAACAACUUCUGACAAGUUUGGACAAGACCAAUAUACUAAGGUUGCUUGUGUUUUAUCUAAAGUUAAUUACCCAGCUGGUGUUUGUUCCUACUUUAAACAAUCUGACCCUUUUCUAUUAUCAAAUAUUAGCAUUAUCACUCAAUUAUUACCAAUUAGACAACACCAAACAAUGUCUUUUGUUAAAAUAUUUCUUCGACACUUUUUAAACAAAGCAACACUAUCACCUGAAAUCUUUCAAUCAUCUGCUCACCAAGAUUUUUUUAUUAAAAUUAUUAAUAGCCAAUACCAUUUUAAGGCUUUUUGUUUUUUACAUUCACUAAUACAACAACAGCCGUUAUUAAGAAAAACAUCUCCUUUUGAUGAAUUUUUUAAAUUGAUUUUCUUACAAUAUCCACCUAGAAUUGUUCAAUCAUUAAAAAGACACUUUGCGGAUCUAUGUAAAGAGCCAUUAGAAGAGGGUGUUUCUUUUAUUGAUUUAAACACUUCUUCUAAACCAACAAUUCGAUGUUUUAAAUGUUUGGAAUGUUUUACAUCUAUUUCUUCAGUUAUCCGACAUUGGAAAGUAUGUCAAAAUCCAACAUUUGAUGGGAUUAGAAUACAGCCAACAAGUGUUUUUGAAGAUAAAUGGAAUAUAGUUAAAAGCAUAUUCUUUAAUUCUAAAGUUAUUAAAGACUUAUUUGUAAAAGAACAAAAUUCAACUAAUGAAUUAGAACUUAUGAAUAAAUGGGUUUCAUUAUGUGAUUUACAGAAAGUGUUAGUAAAGGACAAAUUUGUUAAAAGUGAUUGGGAGAAAUCAGAUGUUUGUACAUUCCAUCGAGAACAUAUGACAAUGCCAUGUGAUGAUUUUAAUAUAUUUGAACGAUUAAAUGAAAAAGAAAAACAUAACACUUAUGUAAAAGAUGUAUAUAAUGAUGUUAAUGAUGAAGACAAUAGUAUUGAAGAAAUAUCUGUUGAUGAUAUUCCAGUAUUUUUACAAGGAUGUGUUAUGAAAAAAAAAGGAGGUGAUGCUCUUGAGAUGUUUGUAACAAAUGAGAUUGAAGAAGAUCAACAAGCAAUUGAAGAUGCUAUAACACGUGAAGAAGAUGAAGUUACUUUUCAAAUACAAAUGGCUAGGGAUAGAGAAAUGCGUGGUGAUACACAACCGAUUCAGAAUACAAAUAAGAAUCAAUGUAAUGACAAAUCUAUGGAAAUUGAGAGUAUUGAAAUAGGAGAUGAUACAACAAAUGAUAACCCUUCAUCAAUGGACCCUGUUUCAAUACAUCCAAAAAAGACUACAUUUACAAUGAGUGAAAUAUCAAUAGAUGAUGUUCCGUCUGAGUCUAAUAGAUAA